GGCCCUGUGAUCGGCAUAGAGUUCAACUGUGACGGCUGUGUUGCAAUGUGUCAAUCGCUGGUUGUAGAUCUAAUGAAGGGAACAACCGGCCUUGUCUUUGUCAGCCAAUCUCCCAGUGCUGCCGAGUCUCAGAUUGAAAACUUCUACAACUUUGCUGACAUGCAGAUGGGAAUAUGA